ACAUCUCCGUCCCCCGACGACAUCAGAGAACAUCAAACGACCAUUUUCAUCAAAGUGAUACUCCUGCUUCGAAGACAUUGUUUCGAAAUCAUGCUCGGCGUCCGUUGCGUCUGCACGACUCUUAGGGCGAUGGGUCAGUCGCUGUUACGCGAUGCACCUCGCACCCAAUCAAGAGCAUUUUCUGCGUUUUCACGACUACCCACUCGACCACAAAUAGCAGGCGCCCGUACAAGCCUGGAAAGCACACUUUCCUUCCCAACGAUCGAAUCAUCAACAUUGCCUGCACCAGGCGCUUCGUUAACACUGGUACGAGGUGCGAAGCGUGACACCUUCAAUCCAUCACAUCGGAAACGCAAAAGGAAACUUGGAUUUCUUGCACGGAUGAGGGAUCGACAUGGCAGGAAGAUCUUGGAGCGGCGAAGGCUUAAGGGUAGAAAUACCUUGAGCCACUAAAUCACUACGCUUUCACGGACACAGGGAAGGUGUGAAGGACAGUCAUCGACAGGUUCCUACAGAGCGCAGCUGAAAAGCAGGAUGAAGGGCAAAAAGCACGCUUCGAGA